AUGUCAUACCCAGACAAGAGUGCGAAUUCGGUCCAUUCCCUCCUUGCCCUGCUCCGUUCAGCUCAGGAUGGAACUUCUCCCGCAACAUCAUCCUCAGUACCUCCUCAAUCGACCUAUCCUCCUAAUGCUACUGCAACUGGAAAUGGCUCUGGCUCAGGACCAGUGACUAGACCGAAUGUGAACGUACCUACAAAAAGACAAUUGGAUGAUCUGCUCUCAUCGUUAAAUGCCAGACCUCAACCAACCCCACCCAAAGCAGAAUCACCAAGUCAAAGACAGUUGAUUGAACCUUUUGGCCCGGUGGGUGAAACUCCCAGUCCAUCAAAAUCACCUUAUGAUCCUUUACAGAGCCCUAAUCGAAGGCAAAGGACCUCAAAUACAACCACAAACACAAGUGAAUACGGGACACGAGCGAGUACGAGUGAGGAUACACCACCAAGGAAGAAACGUAAACCUUCUGAAAGGGUUGAUGAAGAUGGGUAUUCAUCCAUGAGCUUCAGUAAAGCUUUGCCUAUUUUAUCUGAAUUAUUAGAAGAUGAAGGGUUCAAAUUGGAGUUGAAAAAGAUGAAGAAAGAACAGGAUGCGUUAGAAAGGAGAUCAUGGGCGAAGAGUGAGAAGGUCAAAGCGGAGCAUGAGAGGAGCAUACAGGCCGAGAAGGAGAUCGCGAAAAUAGCUAGAAAGGCCAUACCACCAGAGAAGAAAGAGGCAUGGGCUAAAUCGCUCUCCAUCAACCUCGACUCAUUCUACCUCCAACAAUGUCUCCCUGUCAUUGACGGCCUCGCAUCAAAGCAUAAACAGCGGUUGGUGGAGCUCGGCGUACCUGGCUUAGGGGAUGGCGGCGAGAAGAGUAAAGAGAGGAUAAAGAGGAUUAUGGAGUUGCUGGAAGCUGGAUUGGAGGAAUGA